GUUGCCAUCGCAGGACACCACCGCCGUUCUUUCGCCGUAACGUGUUAUAAUCUUCAUUCUUACAUCCUUAUCGGCGCCCUUGGUAGCUCUGUCAGUGUGCUGAGGAAGACGGAGGCUAACUUGGUUAUCGCGGUGACGAUUGAGCGCUCGGCAACCGAGCCAUAUAAAAUUGAUGGUACGAAUAUCGUCGUUCCUGAGGAAGGCGUCGUGGCCAUACCAGUCUAUGCCAUGCACCACGAUGCCCAGUAUUUCCCUGAGCCAGAGAAGUUCGAUCCUGAAAGAUUCAGCGACGAGAACCUAUCAUCUAUCCGCCCUUACACGUAUCUACCAUUCGGUGCGGGCCCGAGGAACUGCGUUGGUAUGAGGUUCGCCCUGCACGCUGUCAAACUAUGUCUUAUGAAUGCCAUCCACUGCGCCAGAUUUGUCCGAACGCCAGAAACUCAGGUUCCACUGAGUUUCUACCAGGGAUUUGGGGUACUGAAUGCCAAAGACAUAGCUAUUGGAGUUCGUCCACUCGACUCUCCACCGAACUGAGGUCGUGGUCCUUGAGGCGACAGAUUUGCUUGCGUUCAUUUCAGCUUCAGCAUUCCUGAACCGCAAGGCGCAAUAUGGGAGUCUCUACACGACCUCCUGCUGGAGCACCCACCUGAACCGCGUGACGGCAUCUGUAUUUCACACAACUCCUAAAGACCUUGGGGUCUUAUACAUAUAUAAGGGUCACCGUCAAUUCAAUAAUAAAAAAAAUAUCAUGCAUGUA